AUGAAGCCGUCUAGCUACAAGUGGGCCUACCUCGCCGCCGGCAUCGCGCUGCGCGUCGGCCUACUCGCAUUUGGCCGAUACCAGGAUGCCCACUCGGCGGUGCCCUACACCGACGUCGACUAUUCGGUCUUUUCCGACGCUUCCAAGGCCAUCCUCGACGGCUGCUCGCUCUCACACACCAUAGACGGCACCGCAGCUGCUUCCGAGGCCGACAUCUUUGACGAUGCCGAGCUGCGCUGCGCACGCGGGAUUCUGCCGGCCAUGGCCCGCUUCCUCCUUCUCAACGACCCUCAGCGGCAGACGUCCGAGCAGCAUUCGGCCUUUCAGCAGAAUUCGUUCAUGUUUGCCUGGGCCACGCGCUGCUACGACCUCGCCCGCCCGCUCUUCCGCGCCGUUGCCAGCCUCGGUGACCCCUACUCGCGGCCCACCUACCGGUACACGCCGCUCCUCGCCCUCGCCCUCACCCCGAUCCACCUCUUCGGGUGGGCCGACUUUGGCAAGUACCUCUUCGCUUCCGCCGAUGUGCUCUGCGCCCUCUUGAUGUGGCUCAUCCUCGACGGAAGGAGGGCGCAGGGAUCGCCCGCCGGCAUCCACGUCCACCUCCCCGGCCUCAUCUGGCUCCUCAACCCGCUGCCCGCCCAGAUCUCGACGCGCGGCUCCUCCGAGGCCCUGGUCGGCCUUUCCGUGCUCUCAUUCGUCUACUUUCUGCUCAGCGCCAACCCAGAGGCACCACUCGGCCUGACGCCCGUUCACGAGACCGCAGAUGCUGGGCUAGCGCCGCCGUCCAAGGCUCUGGACCAGCAGGCGACCGAGGCGGUUCCGACCUACCGCCCGCUGGUACCCGAAUCCGCUCUGCCACUAUCCGAGUGGUCCGCCGCUGCCUACCUCUCGCCGGCGAUCCUAGGCCUCGCUGUCCACCUCAAGAUCUUCCCCGUCAUCUAUGGCAUUCCGGUCAUGGCACAUCUCUCGCAAUCGACCGAGGCGGCAUUCGACCCGGUGGCUCGGCGCAAGCUCGGUCUCUUGCAGCGGCAUUCCGCCGGCAUCCAGUAUGGCCUGAUCGCCUUUGCCACAUUCAUGGCGACCAACGCGGUGGCAUGGCUGUUCUGGGGCGCGCCUUUUGUCGAGCACACGUUCGCCUACCACCUGACGCGACAGGACCACCGGCACAACUUCAGCCCCUACUUUCUCACCACGUACCUCUCCAACAUCCCCGGCCUGCGAUCCAGCACGGCGACCGCGGCCAUCGACUCGUUGGAGUCGCGCCUGCUGUCGUCGCCGCUGUUUUCGUUUGCGCCCCAGGCACUGCUGGUGGCCGUGCUCGGGUGGCGAUUGGGGAAGCGCGACGUGGUGGCGGCUAUGACGGCGCAGACGAUUGCGUUUGUCGCGUUCAACAAGGUGUGCACGAGCCAGUACUUUCUCUGGUUCCUCUGGCUCGUCCCCAUCGUCUGGCCCUCGCUCUCCAUCAGGCCAGGCACGGCGGCCGUCGCGGUCGGGUCCUGGAUCGGUGCACAGGCGCUAUGGCUCUCGCAAGCCUACCUGCUCGAGUUCAAGGCGCAGGACGUCUUUGUGCGCAUCUGGGUGUCGAGCCUGGCGCUGCUCGCCGUCCAUGCCGCCCUUCUCGUGACAUUCGUUCGGGCGUGGGCACGGUAUCGCAUUUCCUUCAAGCUCCCUCCUGUUCGUCCUGCGACACCGUCGACGACGGCGACCACGAUACCUGGCAAGGCGGCCUGA